AUGAAAGGGCACUUUAUAACUCAAUACCUCUUUCGUCUGAUCCUGCCGCUUGCCAUCUACCGUGGCAUCGCCGCCGAGCCGUGCCGUCGCUUCUCGGCCUCGAAUCGGCCUUCUCUAGAAUGUAUUUCGACCUCAUUAACAUCUCUCCCGCCCGUACCGGCAGAUGUCAUUCGCGUGCACCUAUUCAACAACUCGAUACCGUACAUUGAGAGCUUCCCCGGCACCUACGACCCGAUCCAGGAGCUGUCCCUACAGUACUGCCAGAUCGAGCGCUUCGCGGCGAGCGCCUUCUCGAGUCUGACCGCCCUGCAAAAGCUCGACCUCUCCCACAACUCGAUUGCCAGCUUCGGCUCCGCGGCGUCACCUGGC